AUGGGUUAUGGUCUUGGUGGUUUAUUUCGUAGAUUGGCUAGAGCUGCAAUACCUUUGGCAAAAACCGGCGCAAAAGCUCUAGGUAAAAUUGCCCUCGAUACAGGUGCAAACGUUUUGGGUGAUGUUAUCUCAGGGAAAAGUUUUAAAAAGUCUGCAAAAUCUCGUGUUAAUCAAGCAGCAAAAGAAACAGGGAAAAAAGCUGUAAACCGUAUACAACAGUUUGCUCAAACAGGAAGAGGAAAACCCCAGAAGAAACAGCUAGUAACCCAAGCGACAGGAACUUAUCCUUAUCGUGCAUAUAUCGAUACACUUUUGAAUUAUGGUCCAUCAGCUAAACAAUCCCAGCUGACAGCUGCGUUGUUUUACAAGGACGAAGCUUCAAAAAUGGAGGUUGCCGACCCAGCAAACGCCAGUCCAAACAAAGGCUUGAAAACACGAAGUAAGUUUAGUGCGAGAAGUGCAAUUGUCGAAAUGGGAGGCCCUAUAUUUUGUGAUGUUUUCUUCGGGGAACGCCUCCUGCUUAGCUAUGUUGAUUUGAAAGUGGUAUUGAACCGUACCAGUGACGAGUUUGCCCUAAUGGCAUCCGAGGACGAUGCAGCAUUUAAAGUGAAACUGGUGGAUGUUUAUCUAAAAGUUCGCAAAGUUAAAGUGAAUCCUAGUAGAGCUAUGUCUCACGAAGUUGCACUGAAAAAAAGCCCAGCCGUUUACCAUGUAAGGCGUGUGGACUGCAAAAGUUUCAUCAUUCCAUCAGGAAACCCGUCGUUGCAAAAAGAUAAUCUUUUCAACGGUUUGGUACCGAAAUCACUUGUUGCAAGUGCUGCAUUCAAUGGUGCUUAUAAAAUAAACCCAUUCAAUUUCCAGCAUUUCAACGUUUCAUCUUUAGGCAUUUCUGUAAACGGCGAAUCUCUACCAUCUAAACCUUUCAAGCUGUCGUUUGGUAACAAUCCUAGAUACAUAGAAGCAUUUCUAUCACAAUUUGCUGGCACUGGAAAAAUAAUUUUGAACGCCGGAAAUGGAAUUGAUCGUGACGAGUUUCUAAAGGGUUUUGCUUUGUACUGUUUUGAUUUGACGCCUGAUAUGUGUGAUACGAGAGAACAUUUUAAUACAGUGCAAAAAGGAAAUCUUGCCAUUGACAUACAAUUCUCAACAGCACCAACUAAUGCUGUUAGUCUUGUGUGCUAUGGAGAGUUUGAAAACGUGAUCUUUAUCGAUUCUGACAGGAAUGUUGUCUAUGACUACAUUGGUUGAAUGAACACCUCACAAAUAUCGUCUGCUUUGAGAUCGGAUCCUGUUACAAGCAAGAAAUUUCUUGGUGUUUUUCCAGCCAAUCGUUUACCUAAAGUAAUCAAAAGUUAUCCGAAUGGGUUUAUAGCAAACACCGAUAUCAGCGGAAAACCUGGAAGUCAUUGGGUUGCAUUUUACUUUCCGUCUGAACGAAAAGCCGAAUUCUUCGACAGCUAUGGCCAGUCGCCUGAGACUUAUCAUAAAUUCUUUAGAGACUAUUUGAAACAUUAUGAUUGGGAUUUUAAUGCACGCAAAUUACAAAGUAUUUGGACCGAUGUAUGUGGACAAUAUUGUAUAUUUUACCUAAGCCAAAGAGUGCGAGGUCAUAGUAUGAGUAGAAUUGUAAGCAUGUUUGAUGGUAAUACUGUUGAAAACGAUAAGAAGGUAUCGAAUUUUGUAAACAAACAUUUUCAAAUAGAAACUAGUGUAAUCCCUAACAACGGAAAUCAGUCAAGUACAAACUUAUUUGUAAAAGAUUGAAGUGUUUAAUAAUCAAUAAAAAGUUCUUUGUGUGACUUAA